UUCUCUGUACACUAACGCUCACGGAGAGCUGCGCUGUGAUUGGUCAGAAGUAGUAAAGGUAGGUGGGUCUUAACGUAAUCCGAGUUCUCUGAUUGGAUAACGACGUGUUGAACGUAAGCGGAAGAAUUGUGGCUUGAAAAAAAAAGAAGAAAAAAAACAACAAAAAACUGAUCCGCAGAAACACUAAAACACACACACACACACACACACACACCCCGAGUUGAAUCUCCCAAACUCAGUAAUACAGAGGAUUUUAAAGAUCCAGCCGCUUCCGGAUGAUACAGCCGUGAUUAAGGAGGAUAAAAAUCACCAUCAGGACACUAAACGAGCUGCGGAUGGAGGAGGUCGGUGUCAGUGCUGCUGCAGUGCUGCCCGGAGCACCUCAGCCCACCUUCUGUCGGACCUCCGCCUCCGAUCGCCGCAUGCGCAAGUCGGGUUCCGCCAACAUCUUCCAGGGGGUGAACCUGCGGCAGCUCAGGCGCCUCUUCCACUCUGCUGGGGAACCGGACGCUGAGCAGAAAGCCAGACAGGUUUGGAGGAACCGGAGAAGAACCGAUGGAGACGAAGAGGAUGGGGAUGGAGAUGAGGUCUCGGAUAAGGAGGAGGAUGAAGGGCUGGCACAGGCACUGGUGGGGCUCCGGGUGAGGGCGAGGACCCGCAGUGGGAUCAGAGCAGAGACCAGCAGAGGGGUCCGAGCAGUCGGCCACAGCAGAGCGAGCGAGCGGACGCCAUCGGAGGUCCCGGCCGACACCGAUGCCAAGUCAUGUGACCCAGCGAAAGAGGAAGAGAUGGGGACGACGUGGAGCCGGGACGAGAAAGAUCCGGAGCGCUACCUGCACCGAAUACGUCACUGACACCGCAGCUCGCUAAGCUCAAACAACACCGAACGACACGAUGUAGCCGCAACACUAAACUCAACCUCAGCUACCAUCAGGGAGCUAAAACGUGAACACUAAGAUGGAGAGACACUACAGAGCUGCUGCUCACGUGUGUUUACUGCAAAACUACAUCACGCUGCUGCUGCUGCUGCUGCAACAAAUAAAAAAAAAGAGAAGAACUAAAGAUAGAAGACACGUUCCACACGCUGACAUUCACUACAAUUCCCAAAUCGUCGCUGCAUUACGAUGUUACGAGUCCCAAAUCAGAUGCUGGUCCAAAUUCAUCUAGAGGUUAAAAUGCUGCUCAAACAAUAUUAUGACAAGGAAAAAAAUAAAUAGUAGAAAAACAACAUGGUUGCAGCACUUCGGUGCUUGGACCCCUAACUACCUCGUUACACCACAUCUGUCGAAUUUCUUUUUAAUCAGUUGCUCUGUUUAAAUGAAUCAUCAAUGAAACACAGUGAGUUUUUGAUUCGCAAACGUCCAUAUUUUGAAUAUUGACACAGCAAAAGGAAAAAUAACCGAUAAUUUACAAUCUGACUCCGACACGGAACCCUAUUGAAGCGCGUCUGGUUAUUUUUUACCUCAGGAUAUGUCAUAUUUGGAAAGAAAUACGUAUUUGGGUUCCAUAUCGUGCAAUUAUGAUCAUCAUUCUUAAAGUAACGUGUUGCCACAGAAUCUUUUUUUAAUCGGGCAGCGUCACUCUAAAACGUCUCCGUGUGGACGCGUCUGAGUCGGAUCACCUGGUCGUACUUGAGCUUCAUCAUCGUCUUCUGUAGCAAUACAUUUAGCAACAUGUGCUCCAGCGUUCAGGAAAUUUUGUUGAUGAUGAUGAAGAAUAUGCAUCGAAGAGUAAAUCACUCAUUCUUCCACAUUACAGUGUUUUAUCACCGAAAACGGUUAAUACACUCUGACUGAUUAUGUUGAGCAGUGUAGCGUGGAGAAAUAAAAUUUAGCUUCACUCUA